CAAAUAUUGUAUUAUCGUUUGUCGCUUUAAAUUUUCUGAGCUUAUUUUCAAGUGGACCAUCAAGAGUAAUUGAUCAUGUCGUUUAUUCAAUUGGGUGAUGUUAAAGUAGAACGUGGAGGAAAACAUAUUUAUAUAAUAGCUGAGAUAGGACAAAAUCAUCAAGGAAAUAUCGAAAUAGCUAAGCAACUGAUUUUACAAGCUAAGAAAGCAGGUUGUCAUUGUGUAAAAUUGCAAAAAAGUUGUCUCCGUGCUAAGUUUACGAAAUCAGCUUUAGAUCGGUGUUAUGAUAAUCCAAACUCAUGGGGGUCCAGCUAUGGUGAACAUAAGGAAUAUUUGGAGUUCACUUUACAACAAUUUGAUGACUUACAAAAAUUUUGCUUUGAUAUUGGAAUUGAUUUUACAUCAUCUGCAAUGGAUGAGGUUUCGCUAAAACAAUUAGAUGAGCUCGAUGUGCCCUUUAUAAAAAUUGGAUCUGGAGACGCUAACAAUUUUUUAAUGCUUGAAAAAGCAGCUGCAUUAAAUCGCCCUUUGAUUAUAUCAACUGGAAUGCAAUCGGUCAAAUCAAUAGAUGCUAUCGUUAAAAUUAUGAGAGACGCUAACAAAACAAACUACGCAUUACUACAUUGCGUGUCGUCUUAUCCUACUGAGCCGAAAGACUGUAACCUCCAAAUGAUAACAGUUAUGAGCAAAAAAUAUCCCGAAAUUGUUAUUGGAUACUCCGGACAUGAAAUAGGUAUUAAUAUUAGUAAAGCAGCAGUUGUUUUAGGGGCAAAGAUUAUUGAACGUCACAUAACACUUGAUAAAAAUCAGAAGGGCUCGGAUCAUAAAUGUUCUUUAGAACCAGACGAAUUACAACAAAUGAUUCAAGACAUAAAUUCAAUAUCUUUAAUUAAACCAAUUCCUUGGACUCAAGAUGAAAUAAUCAAUUAUUUCAAUAAUAAUAUUAACAUUACUCAAGCAUUGCAUGGUUCUGAAAAAAGAUGUUUAUUAGCAUGCGAAUGGAAUUGUAAAAGUAAAUUAGGAAAGUCAAUAGUGGCUGCAAGAGAUUUAGAACGCGGCCGUAUUAUAACGAAAGAUGACAUUUGUAUUAAAGUAAGCGAGCCAAAUGGUAUACCAGCGGAAUGCCUACAACAAAUUAUGGGGCAUUCAAUUUUAAUUGAUAUCAAAGAAGACAAUCCGCUCAUGUCACAUCUUUUUUCCCAUCAUAUUGAAGAAUUCUAAAUUGAAUUUAAUUAAAAAA